AUGGGGGAUUUGUGUGAGCACCUGGGGUGUGAGAGCACCGGGAUCCUGCGGCCCUGGCGGCAGAGGCAGGAGGUGCAGGAGGGCAGCGACGUGGCGCUGGGCCCCGGGCUGCUGGGGCGGCCGGACAAGGUCCACGGGGGCAGCGGCCGGGCGGGCAGGGAGGCUGACGACAUCGUCAACUGGCUGAAGAAGCGCACGGGCCCCGCGGCUGCCACCCUGGCUGACCCUGCUGCAGCUCAGGCCCUGGUGGACUCCAGCGAAGUGGUGGUGAUCGGGUUCUUCAAGGAUUUGACAUCAGAGGCUGCAAAGGAGUUCCUGUCAGCAGCGGAGGCUGUGGACGACAUUCCUUUUGGAAUUUCCUCCAGUGCCGAGGUCUUUACCAAGUACCAGCUCAGCAAGGAUGGGGUGGUCCUCUUCAAGAAGUUUGAUGAAGGCCGUAACAACUUUGAAGGGGAUCUCAAAAAAGAGAAUGUACUGAAUUUCAUCAAGUCCAAUGCAUUGCCCCUGGUCAUAGAGUUCACGGAGCAGACUGCUCCUAAAAUCUUUGGAGGAGAAAUCAAGACUCAUAUUCUGCUGUUCCUACCAAAAAGUGUGUCUGACUACCAAGGGAAGCUGGACAACUUCAAGAGUGCAGCUGGAAACUUCAAAGGGAAGAUUCUGUUCAUCUUCAUCGACAGCGACCACAGUGACAACCAGAGGAUUUUGGAGUUUUUUGGCCUCAAGAAAGAGGAGUGUCCAGCUGUGCGUCUGAUCACGCUGGAGGAGGAGAUGACCAAAUACAAACCUGAAUCAGAUGACCUCUCAGCAGACAAGAUCAAAGAGUUCUGCAACAAGUUCCUGGAGGGCAAGAUCAAGCCCCACCUGAUGAGUCAAGAUCUUCCUGAAGACUGGGACAAGCAGCCUGUCAAGAUUCUAGUUGGGAAGAACUUUGAAGAAGUUGCUUUUGAUGAGAAUAAGAAUGUCUUUGUAGAGUUCUAUGCCCCCUGGUGUGGUCACUGCAAGCAACUGGCUCCAAUCUGGGACAAGCUGGGAGAGACCUACAGGGACCAUGAGAAUAUUGUCAUAGCCAAGAUGGACUCCACGGCCAAUGAAGUGGAGGCAGUGAAAAUCCACAGCUUCCCCACGCUCAAGUUCUUCCCUGCAGGCUCUGGCAGAAAUGUCAUUGACUACAAUGGAGAGAGGACACUAGAAGGCUUCAAAAAGUUCCUGGAGAGUGGAGGUCAAGAUGGGGCAGCAGCUGAUGACCUGGAGGACCUGGAGACUGAUGAAGAAACAGACCUUGAGGAAGGUGAUGAUGAUGAGCAGAAAAUCCAGAAGGAUGAAUUGUAA